UUAUUCUAUACACCCUAAGGCUUGUAAUCGUGUUAGCCAAUCAUCUUUCAAUUGUUUUGACGCGUUUUUUUUAUUAAUUACUUGUCCAACUGUGCAUAACAGAAGUAAGUAUUUUAUUUCACUAAGCCCUAUAUCUAUUCCACGUGCAUCAGGGAUGGAUACUUGGCCCUCUCGUAACCAAAAUCCACGUGACGUCUUAACUAACGACGAGCAGCACUUGCAUUUGGAGCCAGCGUCAGUCACCAAAUUUCAUUGAGAACAGUACAGCUUGGGAAGUUCGUGAUACGCUUGCUUGUGAUGGCUGGUCGCUCUGCAUCAAUUGAAGACAUUCGUGAAUCAAAGUUAUACACACCAUCGGACACAAAGCUUCGCCUCAGCUCUGACAGCUCGUAUGUUGCCUUAAGACAGACUACGAACCUUAAAACAGGAAAUUAUAAUGCUAAACCAAAGAAACAUGGCCAGAAAAGAGCUAAAAAGAUGCAAAAUAGAUCCUUAACAUCGGCUUCUAACCGCGAUCAUAACAAAAAUACACGCUGCCAUGGGCUAUGCAUUCAUCGCAUUGUUCAGUAUCUUGUUUUAGUUCUCUCUAUUUCCGCAUUGGCUAUAGUCAUUUUAAUGGUCGUUGGAGUUGUAGUGCCUUAUUCAGGUACGACGUUGCCCAGCACAGGCCAACAGAUAGCAGAGGAAAGCUCAUCCCAACAAGAUCAAACGACAACUUUUGCCAUGAACCUUUCUCCAUAUUAUGACAUUAUUGAGGAGCUGCAAAAUAACCUUUCAUCUCUUCAUACAGAGGCGGAAUCACUAUUGAGGGAUUCAAAACGGAACAAGGACAACCUAAUGGCAACCAAGACGGAGUUUAACUCCACAACAGAUGCGAUCAAGUCAUUUUCUGAUCGGUUCUACGAGGUCGUUGAUCAUGUAAGUAACUCAGUACAGCAGUUUAAUCCUGAUCAUGGUUCAGUGUUCACCCAACUUGAUUCUUUGAACGCAACGCUCACCAACAAGCUGUCAGAGGUAAAAAGAAGCUUGGAACAAUAUGAUGAUGCUAUUGAUGCUGGGAUUGCCACGAUGAACAACACUGUUAGAGAACGGGUGAAGGCAAAAAUCUCCCUUCCUGGUCCAGUCGGCGAAAGAGGUAGGAAUGGUUCGAUUGGACCAGAAGGAGAUCCGGGACAAACAGGUCCAACAGGACCUCCAGGAGACCCGGGGUCUUCAGGUCCCCCAGGGGAUAAAGGAAACCCUGGGGUAAAUGGCUUCCCAGGGACUGACGGUACUAAAGGACCUCAAGGUGAUAAAGGACCCGUAGGGCCCACUGGAGACGAUGGGCCUCCUGGAGCAGAAGGACCGGGGGGACCUGUGGGACUACAAGGAAUGGGUAACUUCAGUUGGUGCCAGGAGAAGUCAGUUUCGGUCGGGUUGACGGAUACUUCAGGAAAAAAAGCCGCUGUUAGUGACAUUCAGGUGAGAAACCACUGA